AUGCAAGAAAAUGGGGGCUGCGGUGAGAAGAGAAAGCGCGGCGGUGAGAAGGGUGAAGCUGCGGCGGUUACCAAAAAGGAUGAGGUUGCUCCAGAAAGACCAGUUAGGACUCUUUUGGGAUGGAAGAAUAAGCCAGAAAACGAGAAUGAAAAUGAAAUUGAGGUGAAGGAUAAUGGUUCUUCUCCUAUUUUCAGGAACAAAGAGAAAGUUUUAGUCACUUGCUCUAGGCGCAUUGUUUUCAGGUACCGACAUUUGAUCUUGUCGAGCUCAAAAACUGUUCCUCUUGAGUGCAGGAAGGCAAAGGAUCUUUAUCUCUGGAUGUCAAAGUGCCUGAAUGGGCCUUCUGUUAAAAUUUUAGUUAGUGCCGUUCCCACAAUGGAGGAAUUGAAUCUAACUGGGAAUCACCUAAAAGGUUCCCGUCCACUUUUGACAUUUUCAUCAAAUUUUGAAAAAGACGCACACUGGAAACUGUUGAAAGAGAUGCUGUUACAGAUAUUUGAAACACCAAAGGACCAUAGAAAGGCUAAGCCUUUCCAUGACCAUGUUUUUGUAUUCUCAAUAGUUGACGACCACAUUUGGUUCCGAAAUUAUCAGAUCUCUGUUCCUCAUAAUGAGUCAGACAAAUUACCUCGAGGAGGCCUUGAUAAAAUGACAUUAAUUGAGUUUUGGAGGUCCACUCUAUAUGUGAAUCCAUUCUAUGUGUCGCCAAACCAGAUUCGAGCUUUGCAGAAGAAGAAAAAGGCUGGAACGUUUGCAAAGAAGGUCAAAGCAAAGACAAGGAGGAAAAGGCAUGAGAUGGCGAAUCCACUGGAGCCUGAUGAGUUUGCAGAUAUGUGGAAAGAUUAA